AUGGAACCACAGUGGAAACCGACUUCCUACCCACGGUCUCCCUCUGUCGUCUUCCUGCUUGUGGCUACUUUCUACACUUGGCUCCUUCCUGUCACCUCCCCUCAGCGAAUCCCAACAGACCCCCAGGCAGCGCCGGAGUACGCCCACUCAAUCCGACUAGACGGGGACAUCAUCCUCGGCGGACUAUUUCCAGUCCACUCCCGGGGAGACCGCGGCACGCCCUGCGGGGAGCUGAAAAAGGAGAAGGGCAUCCAUCGUUUGGAGGCCAUGAUGUUCGCCAUUGACCUGAUCAACAAGGAUCCCGAGCUGCUGCCCAACAUCACGCUGGGGGCCCGGAUCUUGGAUACCUGCUCCAGGGACACAUACGCUCUGGAGCAGUCCCUGACUUUUGUGCAGGCCUUGAUUGAGAGGGAUGGCUCCGACGUGCGCUGUGCUAACGGAGACCCACCGAUCUUCACCAAGCCAGAUAAAAUCGUGGGGGUGAUUGGAGCUGCAGCCAGCUCGGUGUCCAUCAUGGUGGCCAACAUCCUGCGCUUGUUUAAGAUCCCUCAGAUCAGCUACGCCUCCACAGCCCCAGAACUGAGUGACAACACUCGCUACGACUUCUUCUCCCGCGUGGUACCACCGGACUCCUACCAGGCCCAGGCCAUGAUGGACAUCGUCACGGCGAUGGAGUGGAACUACGUGUCCACGCUCGCCUCAGAGGGCAACUAUGGAGAGAGUGGCGUGGAGGCCUUCAUACAGAUCUCCAGAGAAACUGGUGGUGUGUGUAUUGCCCAGUCCUUGAAGAUCCCUAGGGAGCCCAGGCCGGGGGAGUUUGACAAGAUCAUCAGACGCUUGCUGGAGACCUCCAAUGCCAGGGCCAUCAUCAUGUUCGCUAAUGAGGACGACAUACGACGAGUGUUGGAUGCAGCUAAAAGGAACAACCAGACCGGUCACUUCCUGUGGGUGGGUUCAGACAGCUGGGGGUCCAAAAUCUCUCCUGUGAUCGGCCAGGAGAGAGUGGCCGAGGGCGCCAUCACAAUUCUUCCCAAACGAGCUUCUGUGGAUGCGUUUGACCGGUAUUUCCGUAGCCGCUCACUGUCCAACAACAGAAGAAAUGUUUGGUUCGCUGAAUUCUGGGAGGAAAACUUCAACUGUAAGCUGGGGAUGCACGGUAAACGACCCGGUAGCCUGAAAAAAUGCACAGGUUUAGAAAAAGUUGGUCGGGAUUCCAGUUACGAACAAGAGGGGAAGGUUCAGUUUGUGAUGGAUGCUGUGUACGCCAUGGCCCACGCUUUGCACCGCAUGCACCGGGAACUCUGCUACGGCUACCCAGGCCUCUGCCCGCGCAUGGCCAAUAACAUUGACGGCAAAGAGCUGCUCAGCCACAUUCGUGCUGUCAACUUCAAUGGAAGUGCCAGUACACCAGUGGUUUUUAAUGAGAAUGGAGAUGCUCCAGGAAGAUACGAUAUCUUCCAAUACCAGAUUACCAACAGAUCUACUGCAGAGUACAGAGUGAUAGGCUCCUGGACCAAUAAACUACACCUUAAAGUGGAGGCCAUGCGUUGGAGGACAGGUGACCCAUCUCUCCCAGCAUCUGUAUGCAGCAUCCCGUGCCGUGCGGGUGAAAGGAAGAAAGUGGUGAAAGGUGUGCCCUGUUGCUGGCACUGUGAGCGCUGUGAGGGAUACCACUAUCAGGCUUCAGAGUUCACCUGUGAGCUGUGUCCAUAUGAGAUGCGACCUGACUCCAACCGCACCGGCUGCGUUCCCAUCCCGAUCAUCAAGCUGGAGUGGCACUCCCCUUGGGCCAUCGUACCUGUCUUCAUCUCCAUGUUGGGGAUUAUCGCCACCUCCUUCGUCAUUGUCACUUUUGUCCGGUACAACGACACGCCCAUCGUACGAGCAUCAGGCCGGGAGAUGAGCUAUGUGCUGCUGACAGGAAUCUUCCUGUGUUACGCCAUUACGUUCCUGAUGAUCGCGACACCGGAUGUGGGAGUGUGUUCAUUCAGGAGGAUUUUCUUGGGCUUGGGCAUGUGUUUCAGCUAUGCAGCCCUGCUCACCAAGACCAACAGGAUACAUCGCAUCUUUGAGCAAGGGAAGAAGUCUGUAACAGCACCAAGGUUCAUCUCUCCUGCCUCCCAGCUCGUCAUCACCUUCUCCCUGAUCUCAGUUCAGCUCCUGGGCGUGUUUGUCUGGUUCGCGGUGGACCCUCCCCACACUGUCGUGGACUACGGUGAGCAGCGGACCCAGGACCCCAUGUCGGCGCGCGGCGUCCUCAAGUGUGACAUCUCGGACCUGUCGCUUAUCUGCUCCCUGGGUUAUUCCAUCCUGCUGAUGGUGACGUGCACAGUUUACGCCAUCAAGACACGAGGUGUGCCCGAGACCUUCAACGAAGCGAAGCCCAUCGGAUUUACCAUGUACACCACUUGCAUCAUCUGGCUGGCGUUCAUACCAAUCUUCUUUGGCACAUCCCAGUCUGCAGAGAGGUCUACAGAGAGUAUGUAUAUCCAAACAACCACCCUGACUAUCUCCCUCAGCCUGUCUGCCUCUGUGUCUCUGGGGAUGCUCUACAUGCCCAAGGUCUACAUCAUCCUCUUCCACCCCGAGCAGAACGUACCCAAACGAAAACGCAGCUUCAAGGCAAUUGUGACGGCUGCCACCAUGUCGGGAAAACUGACCCAGAAGGGAGGAGACCGGCCCAACGGAGAGGUGAAGACUGAACUAUGUGAGAGCAUGGAGACCAACACUUCAUCAACUAAGACAACAUAUGUCAGCUACAGCAAUCAUGCCAUCUGAAGGAACCACAGAAGACGGAGAAGGGGAUUGGACAGGAGAGGGGGCAUGUCUUGGGGCAGGGCCAAGCAAAAGAAGAAGCCGUCAUUCAAAGCCUAUUGGCUGGAGAACUGGUGGACAGACAGUGCGCCCAAUGGAAUCCAAGCAUGAGACAUUUUGUAUUGUUCCGCAUCAAACCACAGAGAGUUGGGACCACAUAAACAGCCAGUCAGUGUGCCUGCUUUCCCACUGCUCACAGCUCAUUGGUCCUACCAUGAACUUACCUGUUUUAA